CCAGCCUUGUGUCUCGCCAGCUCUCCAUUUGUUUUAUGGCCUUGUUUGUUUUAUUGAUUUCUAUUUUUUCUCGAAAUUCAAAGAAUGCACUAAGAGAUGUUUGGGUCUUUUGCGGGAUAAUUGAGUUUGAUGGUAACAGUUGACACUGUAUUUUACAAGCCUGCAUUUUACUCUUAGAGUUAGAAUAAAAUGACAGAGGAGACCAAGCUCAAGCAAAGGAAGAUUGACUACAUGGAAAAGGCUAAGGUUGAGUGCUCACCACCUGUAUUUACAUAUUGGGAUCAGAUAUUCCUGGUCUUGUCAAUUAUUGGCUACAUAUUCAACAAGAUAAUUGACGUCGUGCUCAUCCAUACGUACCUGACGGGCGGCCACCCGGUGCGGUGUCUCCUCACUGUGCUCAUUGUGGCCGUGCCGCAGUCUCUGGUCAACCUGGUCUCGUACAGGUGGCACGUGCAUGACGGCGAGGCCACCACCAGCCUGCUGGUCAUCCACUGCUGCCAGCUGGGCGUCUUCCUCAGGCUGGUGACUCAGUUCUCCGAUGGAAGACGGUGGAGGAAGUCGCGGACCGACGGGGACGCUAUGCUGUACCUCCAACAGAGCAGUGACGUCGCUAUGCUGUCGCUGUUCCUCGGCUACCUCGAGUCUGCGCCGCAGCUGCUUCUGCAGGUGUACGUUACGUCAACAGAGGACGGCUGGCAGCUGGUUCAAGGGGUGAGCGCGGCACUGGCGCUCCUUGCACUGGCCUGGAGUAACGCCUCGUACGCCAAGUGGAUGCGCCUCUCGCGGGGGGACAAACUGCCCCUGGGCGGAGCGGCUGCGUUCCUGCAGCUGCUGUGGCGUCUGUGCCUGCUGCUGGCGCGGGUGUCCGCGCUGCUGUGCUGCGCCCUGCUGCUGGGCGGCUGGCUGCUGCUGCUGCUGCUCGCCCACUGGCUGCUGAUGACGGUCUGGGUGGUCCUCCAGCGCACGGACCUGUUCCCCAACCAGUGGGAGGAGCGACUCUUCAACGUCAUCGUCGGCGGCAUCUACUGCUUCUGCUUCUUCAACGUCAAGGAGUCGCCGGCCCGGUGGCGUAUGCUGGCCUUCUACUCGCUGUUAUUUGCCGAGGACGCGGCGCUGGCAGUGGCCUUUUUCCUGUACUGGCCCCGGCCUGGCGAGGCUCUGUAUACGGUACUGCUGGCUAACGUAGCAGCAGGAACGGCGCUGGGCACCUUUCUCUUGCUGAUAUACUACAUGCACUUCCACCCGAACGCCGCGGCGCGUCCGACCGACUCGGCCCCGGGCUGGGGUCCUCCUCCCACCACCGCUAACCCUGCGGAGGGGGCCGGGACGGGGGCGGCCCAUACGGGUACUCUGCGCUCCCUCAAAGGACACGCCGCUGGACGAGUGUCGGCAGUCAGCCUCCGGUCGGCCGGCGGUGUCUCGCUGACGUCACAGCCCGGUCCUGUGACGUCAUCGGAGGCCGGCGGCGGUUCGCCAACUCCGGCCAUACAGCCGCCGUCCGACCGCCCGUUCCACAUGGCCUCGGAGCUGCUGGCCCCCGCGGCCGGUCACGUGACCUCCCGGUCGGCAGUCAGCCUGCCGGCCGGUAGAGGUCACGUGACGGCCGGAGAGAGGCGGAAUCAAUCGGCGACGGCUAUUCUGCAGCGCAACAACGACUCAGCUGCGUCGGGACGCGUCUCGGACAUCCCCCAGCUGGACUCUGUCUCUGAGGGAGAUGUAACCCUGCAGCCGGCGGCCGAAACCCCGCCUCCGCCCUCCUCCAAACUAGGCGGGGUCGGAAGCGAUGGGGUUGUUAUUGGAGGCGGGGGCGAAGGCAGGGGUCGCAGAAGCGAUGGUAGCUCGAGAGGCGAUACCAGAAGCGAUGUCAGAGGCGAUGACGGCGAUUCAACAGUGGCUAACCACAGUCGAGUCACCUCGACGGCCUCUGGACUUCCCCCCGACUACGAGAACAUCAUCUCUGCGGCCGUGCUCCGCGCUGAGCCCGGCGUGCGCGCCUGGAGGACCUACUCCGACGUCGGGGAUAGCGCGCAUGAUUAUAGCGUGAUCACGGAGAGAGCCGGGCGGCUGGAGGGGUCGGUCUCGGCCGAGGGGGACGGGGCGGGGGAGGGCAGGCACACCUACCAGAACACGGAUAAUGUGGCGCUGAUGAUCGAGCAUCUGGAGGAUGGCUCUGAGAAGGAUCUGGAGCCCGCUGGCGGUGGUGGAAAGGAUGCGAGUCUUCUGGUCGCCACCAUUGACGCUGUGGAACGGUCAGGAGUCUCGGCGCUGUUCAGUUCGCCGCCAAAACGCUCGAGGUCUACGGAUGAUUUGGUGUCCGCGCCGGCUGCGGCCGCAGCAGCGCCCUCUCGUGGCAGACGGCUGCUCAACACUAGCUUUGAUCCAGGGCUACUGGUGGCGCCGCCUACCGCCGCUAGUGGCGACUACAAGUGUCCGCGCUCUCCGCCAGAGGCUAUCUACGCUCGACCGGUCAGGACGGGUCGCCGUAAUGGGGGUUUACCGGCCGGCCCGGCGGCCUCUGAACGGGGGCCAGGAAAGGUAACUCUCCCCUCCACGGCCCCAGCCUCCGCUGCAGCGUCCAGCAAUCGUCCACCGCUAGCCGCCGCUAAUCGUUCUACGACAGCCGUCAACCGCCCAGCCGCCACCGCCAACCGCCCCGCCGCUGCCAACCGCCCCGCUGCCGCCGUCAACCGUCCCGCCGCCACCGCCAACCGCCCCGCCGCUGCCAACCGCCCCGCCGCUGCCAACCGCCCCGCCGCUGCCAACCAUCCCGCUGCCACCGUCAACCGCCCCGCUCCCGCCGCCAGCCCACGUCGCAAGUUUUCCGUCCUCCGUAGCCGGUUUGAGCCGGCCGGUAGACGGUAUGCGGUGACCCCAGCGGCGGUGGCGCGGCGGCCCAGUCUAAAGGAGGCGGCCCGUGCCCUGUGGUCGGGGAGGCAGGGGAAGGAGAACGCUCCUCCGCUGCCACCCCCAGCCACCUCACCUGCUGAUUUGUGAGGCGGGCGUGCGGUGGUUGCUUUUGAACGCGGUUGCGUGUUUUGACCGGAUGACAUGCUGUAUUGAGUGUGCAGAUGCUAACGUCGAUGUACGUAUUUUGCUAGUUGGUACUUUAGCUGACUUAUAUCGAAGCAUUCCCGAUAAUUAUCAGGUGAUUUUCCAUUCACUGACUCCAUUUAUGUAACAUUCCAUUGAUAAUAAGUGAUUUUUCAUAACACCUGUUAUCUGAUAGUUCGUUCAUUUCUCGUGCGACCAUUUGUUAAUUUCGUCUUGCAAACUAUUUGCUGACCUUCAAAUUUCCCAUGAUGUUCUCACCCGGUAUUGCCUCGCGUACCUUCCUUAGUAACCCCUGGUAACUGAAGCGCUCAUGCUUUAGUCAUACAGAGUCCACAGUUCAACGUUCACUCCGAUGAUGCGUCGCGGCUUAUCGUUACGGUAACGCCUUGGCUAAUUCCACUUGGGGCCAGAGUCCGAUGGAAGCGGAGACUCUGAAGUCCAUAGUUUCAUCCAAUCUGGAUCGAGCGUUGUUCAGAUAUUGUACAUAAUCUCAUCGGGCUUGCCGCCAAGCAACUCGUAUGUACAUUGCACAUUGCACAUGCCAUACAGCUUACGUUUCUUAGUAGCAUGAUUGCACUGUUCAUAACCAUUUUUAUAGCGUUUUAUGUGUGCACCAGUUGAUGUACAAUUUGAGUAGUACAAUAACACGAGCGUGUGUGCGGCUAGCGUGCGGUAAUGAUCACUUAUUGUUUCUUGUGCGACUUAACCUAGGUGCUGGCUGGAAACCUUGAGUAGAUUGUUAGCCUUCAACAAUAUUUACAGCCAUGUCCCAGCAAUGAGCAUAUUCCUCCAUAGUAUUCUUCUUGCUAGUCUGAUGUAACAUUUUGUUGUUUGUUCUCACACUGCUGAGCAAAUCGACCAAAUUGCUCGGCAAAAUAUGUCGAGUAUGACUAGUAGUGUCUAAUUACGCGUCCUGAGUGUUGUGUGCGACGGAUAGUGUGAGUUAGGACUGUGACUUGUGAGUGUGUAGCGUGCACUACGGUAGUGUUAUCACUAUCUUCACUAGCAUCUUGUGCCAUGAAGCGUUUUAGUGUGUGUAUCGCUGAAUGCUUAGUAUAAACAUACAUGGUAUUAUUCUUGUCACUAGUUGCGUGCGAUGGAUUGACAACGGAUCUGUCGAAGUGUGCUGUGUGUUGUUAUUGUAUGCUGUAUGACCGUGUGUCAACUAGCAAUAGACACUGUGUACGACGGAAUCUGUGUAUUGA